UUACACCACACACACACACUCUCGCUCCUCUUUCCCACACCAGAUCUCCUCACCCUCGAGUUUUCCGCCGGUUUGGCUCGCCGCUGCAGCGCCUUCGUCCGAAUCCAUCCACUCCCGCACUCAUACGAGAUUUUUUGCGAAAUCGUGCGGAGUGGAUCUGGGAUAGAAGUGGUUUUAAGGGAGAAUACAAGUUCACUUUCUGUUAGGCAGCGAUAGUUGAUGGAAUAAAAAGACGGCUGAUUCUCAUCCACAUAGACCAACAUCAAACCAAUGUGAACUACAUCUUCUUCUUGGGCAUAAACUACAUCUUCUUCUGGGGCAUAUAUGGAUUUAAGAUAUGGAAUGAUCUCAAUACAACUCCUACUAGUUCUACCAAGGCUAUAAAUAGAGGGCGCAAUGCACAAGGCUGAACCACACACACCACAACCCACAAACAAGAGAGUACGUAGAGCAAGAGCACAGUGGCAAGGAGAGAUCGGAUGGCGUCGGAGAUGAGCAAGGACGUGAAGUUCUCCGAGGAAGAAGUCACCUCACACCCGCGCGUUCUCGAAGGUGAGGAGCAGCCGGUGGUUGCGCCAGCGCGGCAGUCUUCCAUCUUCGCGCUGACGCUGGACGAGCUGCAAUACUCGGUGUGCGAGGCGGGGCGCAACUUCGGGUCCAUGAACAUGGACGAAUUCAUGAGCAACAUAUGGAAUGCUGAGGAGUUCCAAGCGGCGACUGGCGGUGGCUUGGUGGGCAUGGAGAUGGCUCCUGUGGUGGGUGCUGGUGGAGGCAGAGGUGGCGGAGAUGCAGGAGGAAGCAACCUAGCCCGUCAGGAGUCGUUCUCUUUGCCUCCCCCGAUGUGCCAAAAGACGGUGGAGGAGGUGUGGGAUGAGAUCAACAGGGAGCCCCGCCCGGUGCAUGUCCAGCCUCAGGCCGCGCAACCCUCACAGCAGCCUCCUGUCCAGCCAUCGGUUGCGACCAACGACCGGCAGGGGACCCUAGGCGAGAUGACGCUGGAGCAGUUCCUUGUCAAGGCCGGCGUGGUCCGGGGAUCGGGUGCCGGCGGCCAGGCACCUGUGCCGGUCGACAUGGUCCAUGCACAGAUGAACCCCGCGCAACAGGGGCAACAACCUGGCCCAAUGAUGUACCCAAUGGCACCAGCCAAUGGCAUGUUCCCGGUGAUGGGAUACGUCAAGGAGUUCAUCCCCAAUGGGUACGCAAGGAUUGUUGUGGUGCCGCCACCACCACCUCCUCAAGGUGGGGUGGGUAUCAUGAGCCCCGGGUCGUCAGACGGGAGGAGCGCCAUGACGCAGGCUGACAUGAUGAACUGCAUGGGCGAUGGAACGAUGAUGGAGAGUGGCGGCACCUGGAAACGCGGUGCCCCAGAGGAUCAGUCUUGCGAGAGAAGCAUCGAGCGCCGCCACCGCCGCAUGAUCAAGAACCGUGAGUCAGCCGCACGAUCGCGUGCUAGGAAGCAGGCUUAUACCGUGGAGCUUGAAGCUGAACUGAACCACCUCAAGGAGGAGAACGCUCGUCUGAAAGCUGAGGAGAAGACAAUUCUGCUGACCAAGAAACAAAUGUUGGUUGAGAAGAUGAUAGAACAGUCCAAGGAGAACGUGAACGCCAAGAAGGGUGGCACCCUCUCGCGGCGCUGUGGCAGCUGCAUCUGGUGAAAGGUGACCUGCCAUCCAUCCAUAGCCGUGCUCGCAGGAGGAUGAGGAGGAAUUGUGGUGUUUAUAGCAGUAACAUUUUCUUUCCCGAGCGGGGUCGUAUAGUAAUUUACUAGUAGUACCUAAAACCAUAAGGACCCGAAUGUCAGUGUUUAUCCGGUCAAGCAAGUGAACUUCUGUUGUUGUUACUGUUUAUAGGUAUAUGGAUUUGUCAGAAAGAAAAUUAGCAAUAUGUUGAUGUGUACUUGCUCUUUAA